AUGGCCCCGACGUGCCUGCAGCCCCUGCUGAGGUACCGCUCCGUCGCCAUCCUCCUGCUCACGCCGCUGCUGCUGCUGCCGCUGCCGUUCGCUGUGCCCACCAAGGAGGCCAGAUGUGGAUAUAUCAUCAUUAUCAUGGCUGUGUACUGGUGCACUGAAGUGAUCCCCCUGGCUGUCACUGCUCUCAUGCCAGUGGUAUUUUUCCCUCUGCUUGGAGUUCAGACCUCUAAAAAAGUGUGCUUGCAGUACCUAAAUAGCACAAACAUGCUCUUCUUUGGAGGGCUGAUUGUUGCAAUUUCUGUUGAGCAGUGGAAUCUUCACAAAAGGAUUGCACUGAGGGUCCUUCUGAUUCUUGGGGUGAAACCUGCACUCCUGAUGCUGGGAUUUAUGACAGUCACUGCCUUCCUGUCAAUGUGGAUAAGCAACACAGCCACCACGGCCAUGAUGGUUCCCAUUGUCCAGGCUGUCCUGGAUCAACUGGACAGCACAGAGCAUGAUGUGACCAUGGCGGAACAAGCAACCGGGCAAACAAAUACAGUGAUUGAGCUGGAGGAAAAGAACACAUCAGAGUCCACUGCAGUGCCUGAUGUAAGCAAUGAACAAGUCACUGAUGUCCCCAGAUCUUCUGAGGAAAAGAAAAGGAGGAAGCUUAUAUGCAAGGGAAUGACACUUUGUGUAUGCUAUGCUGCCAGCAUUGGAGGAACUGCAACACUUACUGGAACAGGACCAAAUGUGGUACUGAAAGGCCAGAUGAAUCAGUUAUACCCCGACAGUAAUGAUAUUGUGGACUUUGCUUCCUGGUUUGGAUUUGCAUUCCCAAACAUGGUCCUGAUGUUGGUGCUAGCUUGGCUUUGGUUACAGUGCUCCUUCAUGGGACUUAACUUAAAAAAAAACUGGGGCUUUGGGACAGAGAAAACUGCCAAAGAAAAAGCUGCAUACAGUGUGCUGAGGGCAGAAAUGAAGAAGUUAGGCCCUAUGUCUUAUGCUGAAUUGAAUGUCCUCCUUUUGUUUGUAUUGCUGGUGGUCUUGUGGUUUUCCAGAAACCCAGGCUUUAUAAAAGGCUGGGCUUCCAUACUCUUCAAAGGAGGAGAAAAGUAUAUCACUGAUUCUGUUCCUGCUAUGUUUAUUGCCCUGUUACUGUUUAUCCUUCCUGCUCAUAAGCCCCAAUGCACAGCCUGGAAUCCAAGCAUGUCUGACCCUGAACAGACUGAAAAAGAUAAGAAAAAGUCAUUUUUACCAACCCCGCUGCUAGACUGGAAUGUGGUUCAAAGGAAGAUGCCCUGGAGCAUUGUGCUGCUGCUGGGAGGAGGUUUUGCUUUGGCUGAUGCAAGCGCAAACUCUGGGCUCUCAUCUUGGAUGGGUCGUCAGAUGGCUCCACUGGGAUCUAUCCCACCAUGGGCCAUUGCAUCAGUGAUCUCCAUUAUUACAGCUGUCUUCACUGAAUGCACCAGUAACGUGGCCACAGCUACCCUCUUCCUGCCUGUCUUUUCAUCCUUGGCUGAAUCUAUCAGGGUCCACCCUUUGUAUGUUAUGCUGCCUGGUACUCUCAGUGCUUCAUUUGCCUUCAUGCUACCUGUUGCAACACCACCAAAUGCAAUAGUGUUUUCUUAUGGUCACAUCCAUGUUUUGGAUAUGGUUAAAGCUGGAAUAGUGAUGAACAUCAUUGGAGUCUGCUGUGUCACACUGGCCAUCAACACAUGGGGAAGACCUAUGUUUCAGCUGGACAUAUUCCCAGCCUGGGCAAACAGCACAAGUCACAGAGCGUUCGGGAGCCGGUGUGGCAGCAAUGCCACUGAGCCUGCACGGGACCGCGGCACGGAGCGACCGGGCCGCUCCCCCCGGCCGGGGAAACCCGCAGCGCCGGAGCCGCCGCCGGACACAGCCAGCGCCCGUUGGGAAACACCCCGCUUCGUGCUCCAGCCACUCCCGCCUUCUUCGGGGUCUGCCGCGAGCUGCAGCAGAGCACGGCGAGAAGGGAGGCAUUUGGACAGAGCCACGUUCAGCGUGCGGUUUAUUCGGAUACUGGGAUCCCCGAAUUCUCUUUCCAAGAGCAGCCGCUCGACACCCGGCGGCCGCAACGCAACCGGGGCCGCUCCCUCACGGGGGAGCCCCCCCGCACCGCCCCGCCUCCGCGCCGCCCCGCCUCCGCGCCGCCCCGCCUCCGCGCCCGUUGCUAGGCAACAGCUGCUGCGUUCCCAGAGUGCUUAG